AUAUUGUUUUUUCUUUUCUUUGAAUUUCUUUGUCAUUCUAAGGUUUUGCUUGUGGUUAUAAGAGAAAAUUUAAACUGGUAACUCAAUAUGAUUAUAAUUCUCCUUGGUUGACUUGAAAAUUGAAAAGGGGUUACAUUUUAGUUUUUAAAGAUUCUGAACUGUACAAUUUGUCAUGGAAACCUGCUAACGCCCACAUGAGAUGGAAAAACGAGAAUCAUAGCCAAUAAUAUAAAGAAAGAAAUACGCAACAACACACAUUUUCCUGCCACACAUCUCCCCCUGCUUUGAACAGAUACACAAUGUUGAAUAUAACUGGUAGAAAACAGGGAAGUGAGACAGCAUAUGCAGUUCCUCGUUUUCUGUGUAAUCAAAGAACUUAGCAAAGGGCAUAUCGGAAUAGUUUCAACCUUCCAUUUCCCUUAAUGGAAGCCGUACAAGCAACACGAAGAGGAGGCGACCUGAUCCUUUAUCUCGGCUCUUCCAGCCAGAGGGAGUAGCCGUCUUAUCCCGGUCGUAACUGAACAACCUGAGUCCACCGCCAUGGAAAGGACUUCUCGAUCGUGUGUUAGUCUGACAGAACCGGCAGAGUUCUCGCAGGACGGGGAGUCAGGUGGAAUGAAGCCAGCACUUUGAAGCAGCGUCAUCAACAGAGUGAGAAGGAGGAACGAGGGAGUUACAGGCCGGAGCAGUCGACCGUCUCUCUGGAAACAACAAUCCCCGGAGGUUUUAGAUCUCCCAGAAAAAACCCCCUCAACAAAUGGAGAGAAAUAAGAAAACUUCUCUGCUGGUUCUUCUCGCUGUGCUUCAAGUCCUCAGCGCCAGGAAGGAUGAUUGUCCCGACCAGCCAGAUAAAAAUCUCACCUGCUACACUGACUACUUCCGGUACAUCACUUGUGUGUGGAACAGUGCGUCUGAGCACAGAGAGGCUCCGUGCACACUUCACGCCAAAAGGGUGGUUGCUAAUCCGAAUCGUGUAUACAGCGCUUCCUGUGACCUGGAGCCCGCUCAUGUGUCCGGACCGGCGCUGAGGAAGUGCACCUUGGACUUCGAACGUGAUGGCAUUUUCCAGUCCUUCCACAACCUGUCCAUAAACCUGGAUUGUGCCCCUGCCAAGCAUAUUUUGAAAAUUUUCUUCAUGCCAGCCUGCCACAUCAAGCUGGAUCCUCCAGGUAAACCGGCUAUCAACGGCACCACCGCUUCCUGGCUCUCCGAAGCGCGGAGUAAUACAAUAAUCGAAUUGUACAGCACCCAGCUGCAGUGGAAAAGAUGGGAUCAGUCAUGGAGUAAAAAGCAGCCAAAAAGCAAAAGCUGUGAUCGGUACUGCAAGGCACAGCUGGACGAAGACUUGCUCACACUCGAAGAGAAGCACGAGGCACGUGUUCGAGUUCAGGCUGUUGUGGAAGGGGGCGUGUCAACGUGGAGUGAAUGGAGCCCCACUGCAUCAUGGGUGUCCCCUGUGGGAAUCACAAGACCACCAUCACAACUAAUAUCAAGUUUAACUGGAGGCAUAUUGGCCAUGAUCAUCGUGGGUGCAGCGCUGGCCUUGAUUCUGGCCGUCAUGCUCUUUAGGCAUGAAAAAGCCUCUUGGGUUUACGGGAAGAUCAGAGGUCCAGACCCUGGAAAAUCCUUCCUUAAAGAUGUAAAUUUCCAGGAUUGGUUUAGCCCUCACUUCACAAAAGAGUCCUUUCUCUCCAUGAAAGUGGAGGAUAUCUCCUCCGUGGAAGUGAUCUCCUCCGUGGAUACACCUCAUGGCGCUCGUCACAGUCUGGGUGACGGCAAAAAUGCAGAACAGGAUAUAGAGGAAGAAAGAGUGAAAGCACUGGAGAUGCUACUGUUGCUUUCCAAAGGCAACAACAACAGUGAGCCAUUGCCAGUCGUUUCUGACUAUGAGAAUGUCGAGAAGCUCCAGGUCGAAUGCAUGAGGCUCCAGAGUCUAGAUUCAGGGAUGUGCAGUGGUGAAGAGGUCAGUCAAGAGAGUCUGGAGGCAGAUAACGUCAGUGCAAAUGAGAGUUAUGACAAAGCGCCGGAGGAGAAAGAGGGAGGGAGCGGAAUAGUCGAUUUUCACAAACUGUUUGGAGGCAGUGGAAGCGUUUUUGGCAAAGGGUCAAUUCAGGUUUGUUCCGAUUAUGAGCAAGUGCAGAAGCUGCAGCCUGAGAGCCCAGAGCUCCCCAGCCUGGAUUCAGGGGUUAGCAGUGGGGGUGAGGAGCGGGUGAGUCACGAGGAGAGCCUGGACGACGUCGACAAGACCAGCGAAUUCACACACUUCCUGUUUCCUCCACCUCUCGCUUCCAGUGCUUUACCACAUUCAGGGAUCUCUUUCCCACAACAGCCGCUUAAGUUCUCUGGUCUGAGUCCCAGUCCAAGUCUUAGACCCUCCGGUGACGGAUAUAUGCCAGCGAAACAGGAACCGUGUUGAAAAUAUACUGAAACCUUUUCAUCCAUCACAUGAAAUAUGAAUCACACGAUGACAGCUGGAGACAUUUAGCUCAUGCAAGUGCUGAAUAGUUCGGCCGUUUGCAGAAAUGAAACGUUUGACUGUCACAUAUGAAGAACGUGGCAGGAAACUUUCCAGUCAGACUUUCCACUUUAGUGCUCUCCGACUAAUUUCAGCUGAGAUGACCCAGAGUUCAGUGCAGGUGUGAAAGCAACACGUAUCAUAGAUUUAUGAAAUGAGCAAUGUCUUUCAAUGAAGGGAUGACACUCUUGAAAAAAGAAACAAGCUUAUUUCCAGUCUAUUUGAUAUUCUUUUACUGUGUUUUUAUAACCUUCUGAUAAAUGUCUAUUUUGUUGUAGUACAAAUUUACAUUUAUUACAUGUAAAUGAGUCUCAGUGAUGUUUGAAACAGCCGAUAUCUUUCAUGUAUAUAUAUAGAUAUAUAUAUCAGUAUCUAUUUUAUUUAAAAUGCUCCAAUUGAAGUUCUAUAU